AUGCCUGUCGGCGGCACCACGUGCUGGGAAGAGACCUCACAGUGGGCACUGGAGGCGCGCUCCAAGGUCACGCUGCCUGCGGCCUCCGCGGCCGCCGCGGCAGCCAAGCGCAAGAACUCGCUGGCCAGCGUGCUACGCGACGCAGAAGUGGCUCUCAACCACAGCGCCAAAGAGGUGGACUACGUGCUGGUGUACGAGUGCGACGAUGUGAGUCGGAGCUACCAGGAGGCCGAGUGGGAGCUGCACCGGCACUACCGCGAGCUCUACGAGAACGCCAUGCGCAGCGAGGGGCUGCAGAUGGACCAGGAGCACAUCGGCGAGUACGUCUUCCUCAAGGUGCACUGCCCCGUGCAGAGGCUCUGUCAGGAGGCCGAGAACGUGCGCCUGGACCUGCCACUAGACGGCCUUCUCAUCGAAGACAACGAAGACGACGAAGAACAGCAAUGGAUACACGAGAAAGUAGCGGCAAUGUUCGACAUGGGUGUAAAUUCACGGACACUCAGCGCCCCAUUCCAAUGCCGGUGCAAAGAUUGGUUUUUCGGUGGAAAAGAUCAAUCAACAUACUUCCGGUCAUCCGUGCGGUGCCUUUUGACUCACCACGUACUUACGAACAUCGACAUUGCCAAAGACGAAACUUCAAAUCCUGCAGAGUUCCACAAAAAGAAAGGGCUCUCGUACCUACUGAUGAAGAACGUGUACCUGGACGCGUUCGUGGUGCACGAGCGGUCUACGCUGGAGCCCGUGUGGGUGCCGGGCGAGGCGCCGCCUCCUCGGCCACAGCCCCUGUCCGCCCUCAAAGUGACCGACUCGGUGCACGUUCUCGACGACGACCACUUCUCGCCCAUGGCGCCGGCCGCCGUCGGCGCAUCCGGGGAUACGCGCGCCGCGCUGGACCACCAGUGGCGCAAGCUGGUUGGCGGCCAGCCAUUGGACAGCAUCAGAGACUAUUUCGGAGAAAAGAUAUCCUUCUAUUUCGCCUGGGUGGGCACCUUCAUCGCUUCCCUGGUCGUCCCCGCCGUCAUCGGCCUCGGUGUCUUCUUCUUUGGCGUCAUCGAGAAGUGAGUUGCCUAGCAGGCUUGGAGUGUGCCGCGAGGCGAAGCGAUGCAACUCUUGAGAGCUGCCAACGAGUUAACAGACGCGAACGCUAUCAUCUACACCGUGGACGUCAUCAAGGCCGCCGGUGACACCUUCCUCACACCCUUCUUCGCUUUCACGGUCUGCCUUUGGGGCACCGUAUUCCUGGAGAUCUGGAAGCGGCGUCAGGCGUCGCUGGCCCACCGGUGGAACGUGGACCACUUCUCGGCCGAGGAGCCCGAGAUGCCGCAGUACUACGGCACCGUCGCGGUCCGGGACCCCAUCACGGGCGAGCUCAGCUGGCACUACCCCAUGUCGCACCGCAUCGCAAAGUACUGCUGCUCGGUGGGAUUCUUCGUAAUGAUGUCCGUCGUGGUACUAAUCAGCGUGCUCGCCGUAACUUUAUAUCAAGUAUACAUGUACAAUGCGUACUGCAACGGUGAGACAACCUGUGAAGUUGUGCACGGCUCCAUCGUCGCACCGAUGCUCAACACGAUCUCCAUCAUGGUUUUGGGAAAGAUAUAUUCAUACGCUGCAAUCCAGCUGACAGAGUGGGAAAAUCACAGAACGAGAAGUAUGUACAAUGACGCAUUAGUCAUCAAGCUUUUUGCCUUCCAAUUCACCAACACAUACGCAUCACUUUUCUACACUGCCUUCUUCAGGGAGGAGAUGGAGAACAUCGCGGGUCGGUCGGGGUUGUUCGGACUGGGUGACCAGUUCAAGGACCGGUGCGGCCACCCGGGCAGGGACACGUGCAUGUCCCUGCUGUCCCUGCAAUUGCUCAUCCUGAUGAUCGUCAAGCCCUUCCCCAAGUUCUGCUACGACGUCAUCUGGCCGCUGAUGAAGAAGGUGCUCCGCAAAUGGGGUAUCAUGUACAAGGUGGCGGACGAAAAGGUCUCCGACCAGCACUUCCUGCUGCGCGAGCUGUACAAGCAAGACGAUCCCGAGUUCCGCAGGGAUGAGUUCGCCGAGAAGAUCAUCCAGUACGGAUACUUGAUGCUGUUCGCGGCUUCGUUCCCGCUGGCACCACUCCUGGCGCUGCUGUACAACAUGUUCGAUCUUCGGAUAGACGGCAACAGGCUUCUCUGGCUCAACCGAAGGCCCGUGCCAUUCAGGGAUGACGACAUCGGUAUGUGGUUCCACCUGUUCGGCUUCAUCAAUGUGUGCGGCGUCGUCAGCAACGCGUUCCUCAUAGCAUUCACCUCCACCUUCGGAAGGAACCUCAAGAGCGACUACAGGCGGUUCAUGUUCGUCGUCGCAUUCGAGCAUCUCGUUUUCGGCGUCAAGUUCAUCCUCACCCUCGCCAUUCCUGACACUCCUGCUGCUGUGAAAAACGCCAAAACAAAGGAGCGGCAAUUGCUGUCACACAUGAUGUCCAAGGUGGCCACGCUACAAGACAGACUUCUCGGUGGCUCGGUAGCCACGACCUCCCAGACGGGCAGUGCAGCCGCCAUGGCGACCAUGGCGGCGGCGGCCAACGCUGUUAGCGAAGCCUCGGCCGGUGCCGCGCAGCCACUGCGACGCAAGCUGUCGCUGACGCGCGAGGAAUGACACGAGGACCGGGCAGCACCACCGGUACCAACCACUGGGAGCUGCUGCGAGAGCACUUCGUUCAGGACCGUCGCGUGGAUCCCCUUCGCCACGGCCUCGCUCCAGAGGACCGCGUCUAUCAUCAAGAGGCGCCGCCGAAACACGGUCAUCCUCAUGGACGCUUGAACAGUACAAAACACGAAGUGCCAGCACGCUGUCACGGGCACCCGAUUCCCCGGUUUGUGGGCUUACAACCUGUCGGGCUGCCCCUAAUCGACUGGACAGACUGUAGACAGACUGUGGAUAUAAGGAAAGUGGAAUCUUCAUAUGUUAGAGAGAGAGAAAAAAAAAUUACAGAAAGGCAGACAGGUCGGCCUGAGCUGUAACUUCCUCUGGGCUGCUACUCCACUUCAUGUUAGAAACAGCAAAAACUUAACUGACAACAUUAAUUUAAGAUUCCCACACCAGCACCCCUAUGCCACCACAUACAGUGUAUAGACCGCUUAUAACGUAAGUCACCAGAGUCGCGAAUAUCCGCACUAUAAGCGGUACCGCACUAUAACCAAAGCAACCAUUUUCAAGGCCCGCACACAUGCAAAACAUGUGCACCGAGCCGCCACGCGUAUGCGACAGUCGAGGAAUGCGGCUAGAACGUUUGCAUUCAAUUUACAGUAGAAUCUCGUUAAUUCGAACCAAAUCACGCGGCGGCGCCUCCGACCGGCAUUGCUCCGGCACCGCCAUAGAGUGAAAGCUUAGGAGGGACCCUUCAAUGUCGCGCGCGAACAAAAAAUAAAUAAAUAAAAACGCGGCGGAAAUUUCACCCUCUCUCAAAUGGCAAGGUCGCCGAUUCUGCGUUGCGCCGGAACAUGCAUGUACGUGCCGACGUCUCAGCCACGCUACCGUAGCCACGUGAGAAAAUGACAGUGAACCCUUCUUUCUCUUUUAUGCUUCCUCUACUUUUUAGUCGCGUGUUGACCUUGCACGCUGCGGCUACCACGCAGAGGGAAGCAGCGGCGCUGUCCCAGGCCGGCCAACGAAACUGCCCACGCCGGCAAACGGCCGCUUCCCGACAACGGCAGAAAACGAAACUUCGGGGAGCUGGCGCCGAGCCGGCUGGAGCGGCGGCGCCUGCGGGCGCGCACGGUGACAGUCGAAAGUGAGGGAGCUACAAGGAAGGGCAAGGGGAGACACCGAAGCGGCGGAGUUGCCGAGGCGAAAUCCGCUUCCCUGGCGCCCUCCUCCCUCACAUUCCACGAUCUCCGCGUCCGCCCUUCGCCGUGCCGUGCUGGCGCCGCCCAUUCCCUCCCUGAAGUUUCGUUUACUGCCGUUAUCGUGAAGCGAGCGUCGGCCGGCGUUGGCAGUUUCGUGGCCCUCGCUCGCUAUGCGCGCAGUGAUAUUUUCUCGCACUCAAGGUUCUGGUUUCAGCCUCACCGGCUGUUCGUUCGCACCACGUGCCCUUCUCCUCCACUUCGUCUCUCUUUCUUCCUCGAGCACUCCUUGGGGCGCCCGUUUGAGGGGCGCGUUCGCCGUCUCCGCUGACUUCCGUACUCCCAGGCAGCCGCACUGUAACCGGUAUUUCGUCUCACGCGGCUGCACUGUAAGCGGUAUGCGUAUACAUGGAGUGCUAUGGGAAAAUUAACGGGAGUCUGAAAAGACCGCACUAUAUCCGGUCCUACACUAUAAGCGGUUACGUUACAAGUGGUCUAUACUAUUUUGAAUUUUCACAGGGUCUCCUGGGGCCUACAUAAUUGAAUAAAAAUACAUGUGUUCGGAAAAGCAAAUAUACUGGCAAUGUUUUGGGGACUUUACCAUAAAAAUGCACUAAAGAAGUGAAACUUUCUUGAAAUUCAUGAGGUCAUGCUGGAUCAUUUGCCAUGGUCAUGGCAUAAAGUUCAAGCCGAGAAGUUUCUUCAUUCAUAGACAAUCUUCCAGAAGAAAAUGUAAAUAGAUUUUUUAAGAGUACA